AUGAAAAUUUCUCAAAGCAAGAUAAUUCCUUCAGAUCGUGUAAAAUGCAUCCACAAGUACAGCAACUACAUUGUAUGUGGUCUUUUCACAGGAACUCUGUUAUUUACUGCUGACAAUAUCGUAAAAAAGCAGAUCAAAAUCUGCAAUUCUGCAAUACGUACCCUUGCCUCAACCACUAACCUGUUGGUUGGUACAGAUGACGGUGAAAUCGUAGUGCUGGAUCCUUCGUUGCGCCGUAUUAAGAGUAUGAAGAUUCACAAUGACUUUAUAAGGAAAAUCAGGACGAGCAAAGAGUACAUUUUUACCUGUUCGGACGAUUUUACGAUAAAGAAAAUCAAGGAUGAUGAUAUAAGUGUUCUUAAGGGGCACGAGCAUUUCGUUAUGGAUAUUCAGGUGAUUGAUGAUGAAAGGCUACUCAGCUGUUCUCUUGAUACAACGCUUAAGUUGUGGAACUACAAAACGAAUGUCCUUUUAAUGACAUUUAAGGGACACACACGGGGCGUGAAUGCCAUAAGUGUGUACAAAAACACAUUUUACAGCGUGGGUGAUGAUUAUUGUAUGCGUAUUUGGAAUAACAACGUGUGUAGGGUCAAGGAGGGAAUAUCGGACAAGAAUAUUGACCAUAUUAAAGUAACCGAGGAAUUGAUUGUGACGGGCUCAGAAGAUGGCUACUAUAAAAUAUACAAGAGACAGGGCGAGCAGCUUGAACACUCGGUAUUUGUGGGUUCACGUGUGUGGGACAGUUGGAUUGAAGACGAUGCCUUUUACGUGGCGACAGAUUCUGGGCUGCUUGUUUACGACAGACAGGAUGCGAAGAUAAACCGAUAUCUUGUUGACCGAGGUUUGCUACAUGUUAAAAAUGGUUCUGUGUUUUUGAACGACAAGGAAAUUGGAAAAAUUAAUUUUGAGGUGGAGUGCCUUACUUAUAACAAUAAGUUGAUGUGCAUGCAAAUGAAGGAUGGAUUUGCUGUAUUUUCGUACCUUGGUUUCCGUGAAAAGAUGAGGGACAGUGGUAAAGCCCAGGUAUUGAACGACAGGCUGGUUGUCCUUAAGGAUGAUGUAAUGGAGAUAUACAGCGAUUUGGAGAAAGCAACGCAGUUUAAAGUGCUGUACAAUAGUUAUAAGUUGUAUGAUGAGUUUAUUGUUAACUACAUGAGUACAGCAUUCGUAGCUUAUGAUUACUCAGGAGAGGUAGUCGUGAAAGGUGCAGCUAACAUUCAGGAUAUUUUUAUAAUCGGUAAUAAGAUUGUUAUUUCCAAGGAGCACACCGAUAUGGUCGAUAUCGAUGAUGCUAAGAGAUGCUCUGAUGGUCUAUCACUGUGCAAAAUCAUGGACAUGUCAGUUGAGCAUGGAUGUGUGUACCAGAACGUGCUUUACUUCAUGAGUAAUAACAAAUUAUACUAUUUGUUGGAGAAUGGAUUCUUUUCUAUGAUCACCUGUGUCAACACCUGCUUUUUAGGCAUUCAAAAUGGUAACUUCUGCUUUUUCGAUAAAAAAUUGGUGACCAAACCGAUUGACGAAAUCAUUGCAUGGCAGUGCGAUAAGAAUAAGAGUAAAGCAUUGGUAGGAAGAGAGAAGGAGUGUCUUAGCUACCUCCUCAAGCAAAAAGAAUACGAAUUAGCGCUUCGUUUAUUCGAUUGCAAUUUCGAAAUUUAUCUGCAGAUGAACAAGUUGGAGGAUGCAUUUAAGGUGGCAAAGACUUCGACAGAGUAUAAGAUGCUUGGCAGCUUGUUUAUGAGGCAAGGAAAGUUUUCUAAGGCGACGGAAGCUUUCAGACUGGGUGAGGAUGAUGGAAUGCUCUUUUUAUGUGAUUUCUUGGGCAAAAGAAAGUUUAUGAAGAGUGGUAAUGACGAUCUAUUCAUAAAGUGCAUGUACCUGAGGGAUAAGGAGGGCAUGAAAAAGUUCCUUACCGGUAGUGAGUUUGAAGGUGCUUUCAAAAAGUACUACUAGGUUGUAAUUAAAGAAGGAGUUUCUGUGAGA